AUGUCGAAUUCGAAUUCGGAUUCUUGUCAAGUUACAGACGACGGAAGUGACUCCUACAAUUUAACACUCCGAAUUAUUUCUGUUUUUGUUCUGUUGAUCGUGUCUUUUGCUGGUGCUUCAAUUACUAUUUUUUCAAGUUACAUCAAAUUCUUUCGUAUACAUCCAAUAAUUAUUAAUGCAGGAAAAUAUUUUGGCGCUGGGGUCAUUCUGGGUACCGGCUUCAUUCAUACUCUACCGGGAGCUAUGAGUGCAUUGACGGAUGAAUGCUUACCUGACAGUUGGAAAGAAUAUGAAUCUUAUGCAGGUCUAUUUGCCAUGAUAGCUGUACUGCUCAUGCAACUUAUAGAAGUUAUUGCACAUCAUCAAUUGCACAGAACGCCAAAAAAAGAACAGAAAAUCGUAGUUGAAAACAUUGAUUCGACACCCUACGUAAUACCUGUUGAAGAUUGCCAACAACAAGGUCAUAGUCAUGGUCUCUCAUUAUUAGACGAAGAUCGUAAUCGUCGUAUUACUACCUAUUUGCUUGAGUUCGGUAUUGUCAUACAUUCGGUUCUCAUUGGUGUAACAUUGGGUACUGAAGAUGGUUCAACAUUUGUAGCACUGUUUAUUGCACUUUGUUUUCAUCAAUUUUUUGAAGCUAUUGCACUUGGUGCACAAAUUGCAUUACUCAACAAUAAAUCCAUAUUACCAGGCAUUAUGAUGGUAAUAUUCUACUCUUUCACUACUCCAAUUGGUAUUGCGAUUGGCAUCGGUGUUCAUAUCACUACAUAUAAUCCGAAAUCAGUUGCUGCAUUACUAUCAACUGGUAUCCUAGACGCAGCUUCAACUGGUAUUUUGAUCUAUGUUGCUUUGGUCGAUUUGAUAGCUGCUGAAAUGGGUCCAGGAGCACACAGAUUUUUUGAACUGAAAACACGAGUGAAAAUUUUAUAUUUUAUCGCCCUGUAUCUCGGUGCAGCAUUCAUGGCUGUCAUUGGACGAUGGGGAUAA